AUGGUUUCCAAUGACACUCCACCUUUCUACACUCCACCUCUCUACACCCCACCUCUCUACACUCCACCUUUCUACACUCCACCUCUCUACACUCCACCUCUCUACACUCCACCUCUCUACACUCCACCUCUCUACACUCCGCCUCUCUACACUCCACCUUUCUACACUCCACCUUUCUACACUCCACCUCUCUACACUCCACCUUUCUACACUCCACCUUUCUACACUCCACCUUUCUACAUUCCACCUUUCUACACUCCACCUCUCUACACUCCACCUUUCUACACUCCACCUCUCUACACUCCACCUUUCUACACUCCACCUCUCUACACUCCACCUCUCUACACUCCACCUUUCUACACUCCACCUUUCUACACUCCACCUCUCUACACUCCACCUCUCUACACUCCACCUUUCUACACUCCACCUUUCUACACUCCACCUCUCUACACUCCACCUCUCUACACUCCACCUCUCUACACUCCACCUUUCUACACUCCACCUCUCUACACUCCACCUCUCUACACUCCACCUUUCUACACUCCACCUCUCUACACUCCACCUCUCUACACUCCACCUCUCUACACUCCACCUUUCUACACUCCACCUCUCUACACUCCACCUCUCUACACUCCACCUCUCUACACUCCACCUUUCUACACUCCACCUUUCUACACUCCACCUCUCUACACUCCACCUCUCUACACUCCACCUUUCUACACUCCACCUCUCUACACUCCACCUCUCUACACUCCACCUUUCUACACUCCACCUCUCUACACUCCACCUCUCUACACUCCACCUUUCUACACUCCACCUCUCUACACUCCACCUCUCUACACUCCACCUCUCUACACUCCACCUCUCUACACUCCACCUCUCUACACUCCACCUCUCUACACUCCACCUCUCUACACUCCACCUCUCUACACUCCACCUCUCUACACUCCACCUCUCUACACUCCACCUCUCUACACUCCACCUCUCUACACUCCACCUCUCUACAUAUAA